UUAUGUAGGCACCUAGGUACAUAUUUAACAUAAAUAUUGUAUAUUAUUAAUCAACGAGACAAUAUUAUUAUAAAAUUCAAGUGUAUUAAUGUCUAUGGUGCGCAGUUGUAAACUUAAAAAAAUCGAGUUUCAAUUAACUCCCAAAAUAUCAAAAACACUAAUGAAAUGUAAACAAAAAAAACGUACACAUAUUAUGUAGAUUACUUAUUUAUAUAAAUUAGUUCCUCGUUAAAAAUACAAAUAAAUAAAUUUUUCAUCAAAAUGACUAAGUCAGAAUAUUCACUACUAAAAGAUGAGAUAAUUUUACGUGCAAGUGGAACUCCAAGACACGGUGAGAUUUUGAGGUCUGUAAAAGAAAUAUAUAAACAAAGUAUUAACUCUAAAAGAAGAUAUGAACAAAUUGAAACGAUUGCGCAGCUGUUGAAAGUGUUGGAAAUACGAGAUGUAUUGUCUGAAAAUAGCAUUGAGCCACUGAAAGAAGUCGCACGAAGACUACAAGAUAAUAAUGAAUUACUACGUAAAAUUACAGAUUAUGAGUUAAUUUCUGUAUCAAAGAAGGACCUAAAUAACACAGUAUCAUCAUUUACUGCAACGCAUGAUGAAAAAAUUGAAAGUGUUAUAAAGUUGAAUCCAUUUGGUGGCAAUUUAAGUCCAAGAAAAAAAGAAAGACUAUUUGAAACUAUAAUAGAAGAAACAGGUACAAACUGGCGGGCUUUAGCUAGAAAAUUAAAAAUUCGAGAAUGUGUAAUUAUAAAGAUUGAUGCUGAAGAAACUACACUAGCAGAUAAAGUAAAAAAAAUACUGGAGAUAUAUGAGCAACGAGCAGAUCCACAAAGGUGGUUUUUUGUUCUUUGUGAUGCUUUGGAAGAAUCAUACAGGCGCGAUAUAGCAGAUUCAUUAAGAAAUAUUAUAGUAAUGAAUAUUUAAAAAGAAGCACCCAUCAAAUCACUUCAGCAAUAUUACAGCUUAUUAGGAAUGUUUACAUAAUUUCAAUUGAAGAAGUUAUUGAAUCAAGUAAUCCCUUCAUAUCGAAAAGAAUCCAAAUCCUUUAGUGAUUGAUAUCAAUAACAGCAGUAAAAAAUGCAGAAAUCGAAUUGAGAACCUUACUACCUUUUUGAGUUGGUUAAAAAUUGAUAAAUGAAACCAUGACCCAUCAUUAGAUGUAAGUGUAUGUAUCAUAUAGGAAAUUAAGGAAUAAUUGAGAGAAUUAUAGGAUUAAGAAUAAGGGCUGAGCCAUUAGCUGAAUUAUACACCAGCUUCCAUUAUCGAAUGUGACUUUAUGAUGUGGAGGUUAGCCACACUCCAUUAUAAUUCUUCAAAAAGGCAAUCGUGAAUCAAUACUAUUUUAUUAUUAAUUUAUUUUAGAUGGCUUUUACAUUGCUUUAUCUUUUAUCGUUCUUUUGUUAGCCGUAGAUAUAUUUAUCUAUUUGAAAUCAUUUUAUUGUGUAUGUCACAUUUUUACAACGGUUAUUUAAAUACCUUCUUAGUAUAUAUAGUAGCGAUUUCCACCCCUUGAAGGAUCACCUUAUAGGCAACAAUUACACGAAUUUAUUUAUUUUCAAUUUUUAUUAAGGGGUAGGUAUGUACAUAUAAAGUAGUAAAUUUAUUAUAAGCAAAAUUAUUUAAAUAUACAAUUUAUACAUAAUAUUAUAUUGAAGUUUGAAGAGACCACUUAACGUUUCUGUGUUUUGAAACACAACGUCAAUAACAAGGAAACUACUAUCGUUGCUACUACUCGUCAUACUAUUGUUCUGAUGUUAUCUUAAUAAUUUGCUUUAAAUCAUGUUUAAUGCAGUACCUUUGUUAUGCAUUAUAGUAAAUACUAUAAUAAAAGGAAUAUUUUCUA